CGCAUUUCCACCGAAUGCACGGUUGGGUCAACCGAAAAUGACAAGCCCGCCCCUCCCCCCAGGUUCAUGGCGCAAAGGGGUCCGUCCCCAGGACUAGAACCCUCAGAACCGGUCUUGCGGCUUCCAGUCUUACGUUUUCAAACAACGCUUAACGUGUCGAGGAACACACCAUUAGCAGACAUAAUCUUUCAACCAUUUUCUGUUGUUACUGACUCUCGAUACUCUUUCGCUCGGCUUCCGUUUUCGACCCGUUACUUUUUCCGACUUGGACGUAGAGAUGGACGCAGAGAACGCGAGGCCUUCGCCUGCGCUUGAGAAGGCAGGCAUUACAAACCAUGCCAGUACUGGUGAUAACAAUCCAGCCCACCAUACCACCCCCGCGAUCCAGAGCGGGACGCCUGCUCAAGAGGUUCUCUACCUGUGUGGAACGCGUCUCUUCAUGGUUGCUACCUUGAUCGGUAUCAUGGUGUUCAUAGUGAGUAUAGAGGCCAAUAUAGCAGUCACCGCAUUCGUGGCCAUCGCGCGCGACUUAGGUGGUUUCGAAACGAUCAGCUGGGUUUUGUCGAGCUACCAGCUCGGCUUUGUCGCUCUCAUUGUGAUUUCGGCGAAACUGAGUGAUAUCUUCGGCCGGAAAACGAUCACUGCGGGCCUACUCAUUCUAUUCACUGUCUUCUCCGCCGGCUGCGCCGGCGCGCAGACCAUGACACAGCUCAUUGUAAUCCGUGCCUUUCAAGGUUUGGGUGGUGGUGGCUGUUACACGCUCGGUGCCGUCCUCAUUGUCGAUGCUGCGCCACCGGAGAAGUACGGGAAAUAUGUCGCGAAUGCAGGAAUAGCCAUCGCGAUGGGUACGGUCUUAGGCCCGGUGAUUGGGGGUGCCAUCAGCCAGAACUCGACCUGGAGAUGGAUUUUCCUGCUCAAUGUGCCCGUCGGAGUCUUGGCUCUAUUUCUCGCCAUCGUCGGUAUGCCGCACGGCUUCCCUUACCGUGAGCGGCUCCCUACACAUGGGUCACUGACAGCCGUUGUCCAAACGAUACGGACCCGCCUUGACAUCAUAGGCUCCUUGCUGCUUCUUGGGGCGGUCCUGGCUUUCACAGCAUGCUUCCAGGAGGCUGGCUCACGCUUUCAGUGGCAAUCUGCCUACGUCAUAACCCUCUUAAUUACGUUCGUAGCGCUAUUCUUGUUACUUUUAUUUUGGGAGCGUCAUGUGACGCUUAAUGGCAAACUAUGCGAGCCGGUACUCCCAUGGCGAUUUUUCACCAAUCGCGUUGUCAUCGGCAUCAUGGCCGAAAUGAUACUGGUGGGAGCGCCCAUGAGCGUCACUACAUUCCAGCUACCUCAGCGAUUCCAGCUCGUCAAUGGGCUUUCAAAUCUUGAUUCUGGACUUAGACUUCUGCCUUUUGGGGCCUUGUUCCCGCUCGGCUCCAUGACAGGUGCCACAGUGUCGAGCAAGUUCAAAAUACCAGCGAUCUCGCUGCUGGUCGCAGGAUCGAUGUUCCAGGUGGUCGGGUACACGUUGCUUAGCAUGUUGGACUCGUCAGUGCAUAUUCAGGCGUCGAUCUACGGAUAUUUGACCCUGUGUGGUUUCGGCUGCGGCCUCACAUUUACCAUGGCUUACAUCACAGUUCCUUUCACCGUUGCCGAAUGCGAUAAAGCUGUGGGAAUGGCUGCAGCCAACCAAUUUCGGACGAUGGGCAGUGCCGUGGGAUUGGCAAUCGCUACGUCUGUGUUCAAUGGGUACACAUUUUCUCGCCUGGCGGGCCUUGGAAUCAACAGCUCUCUUGAAGAUAUCAUCACUGGGCAAGAAUUACUGCCCGUCGCUCUUCGCAACGAAGCUCGGCAUAUUCUUUCUGAAGGGUAUAACCGCCAAAUGUUAGUUCUGUGCGCGUUUUCUGCGGCACAGAUACCAACAGCGCUGUUACUUUGGAAAAGGAAGCACAUAGUCACUGUAGCAUAGGC